GCCGUGGCAACGGGCUCCGCGGCGCUGGCGGCGGCUGCAGGCGGCGGCCCCGGCUGCCUCUCGCCGUCCUCCUCGGCCUCCUCCCUCCUCCCUCAGGCUCCUCCGCUCCGGGCUGGACCGAGCCGGGGCCGGAGCGAGAGAGAGAGAGAGAGAGAGAGAGAGAGAGAGAGAGAGAGAGAGAGAAGAGAGAGAGAGAACGAGCGCGAGCGAGCGCCAGGCUGAGGCGGAGGGCCCGGCGGCGAUGUGAGCCAUGAGCAGCGGCGCGGCCUGGACGCUGCCCCCCGAGCCCCCGCCGCCCCCGGCGGCCUCGGCGUCGCCCUCCGCGGCGGCCCCGGGUCUGGACGCGGAGCAGCGCACGGUGUUCGCGCUGGUGCUGGGGCUCCUGGUGGUGCUGGCGCUGCUGAUGGUGCGCUGCGUGCGCAUCCUGCUGGACCCCUACAGCCGCAUGCCCGCCUCGUCCUGGAGCGACCACAAGGAGGCGCUGGAGCGCGGCCAGUUCGACUCUGUGCCCCCCUCUUCCGGCCCCCGUCACCGAGGAGAGGAGACCGCAAGCCCUCACCGAGCGAGCGAGCGAGCGAGCGCCGACUCUCGCCAACCUGGAUCCCGCCCUCGGCUCCGGGGGUUCGAGUCCCGCGGCCCCCGCAGGCCUUGGAGGCGGGAGAAGACCCCCCAGGGCGGAGCGGGGCGUCGGGGUCCCCGAGUCCUGCGCCCCUCGGCCCUGUGUGCGCGUGUGCGAGGAAUAAACUCGGGCCGCCCUUUCGGGGAGCCCCCGCCCCCAAUCCUGGAGCCCGUCACUUUCGGGGACCCACACACACGUCACGGCCAGCGAGGCGACGGCUUUACUGGGGGAGGGAACGGGGGUUCGAGACUCCACCCUCCGCCCGUCGGGAGUUCGAGUCCGAGCCAGGAGGCCUCAUCUGCCCGUCAGGGGUUCAAGUCCAGGCCAGGAGGCUCCAACUUCCAUCGUCAGGGGUUCAAGUCCAGGCCAGGAGGCUCCUCCUUCCAUCGUCGGGGGUUCGAGUCCAGGACUGGAGGAGGCUCCACCCUCCGCCGAUCCCGGGUUCAAGGCCCCAUCAUCCGCCCGUCAGGGGUUCGAGGCUUCACCAUCCCCGUCCCAGGUUCGAGGCUCCUCCAUCUGGCCGCCGCGGGUUCGGGUCCAGGGUUCUAGUCCCUGCCUGCCGCCCGUCGCGG